AUGAGCCGAAAUUUUUCCCCCAUUAAGGAUGUCAACGAUUCAAAAGAAACAUGGAGAUUGGUCGUUCGAGUUGUUGAUUUUUGGAGUGUUAUCAACAACAAGGGUAAGGAGCAUCUGGAGAUGGUUAUAAUGGACGUAUCGGGUGAUAGGAUACAAGUUUUGAUUCGUUCUGACAACACACCAAAAUGGAAAGCACGAAUACGCGAAAACAUGUCUUGCAUAAUCAACAAUGGAACUGUUUAUGAUAACGAUUUUCAGUGGAAGCUUUGUGAUCACGACAAGAAGUUUGUGUUUAUUGGUGGUACAACUGUCAAGGAAGUUGAUAUUCAGAACCUUCCUCCCAAAAGAUUUUUUUUCAAAGACUUUACUGAUAUUCUUGGAGGCAAUUGUGAGAUGAACCGACUUGAAGAUAUCAUUGGUGUGGUUCAGGAAAUCAACAAUUUUCAAUACAACAAUUCUGGAAAAAAGUCAUUUGUUUCAUUGAGUCUUAAAGACUUGAAAGGUGUCAUUGUUAACUGCACAUUAUGGGAGAGUUACGGAACAAAAAUUUUGGACUUCUACCACGACGAAAAAACAGUGGUUACCGUCAAAUGA